AGCUGGAUAAACUCAACCAGAGCAGACGAGUAUCAGCCACUGAGUAUCAGCUGCCGAGAACCAGCCUCCGCGGAUCCUCUGCCUCCUCGCACUCCCGGUGCCGAUUGGAGCCCGCCACGAUUCUUCCCACGACGUGCUGCCCUGCACCCGCAGCCAUGUGCCGGACCCUGUCCGCCUUCCCCACCACCUGCCUGGAGAGAGCCAAAGAGUUCAAGACACGUCUGGGGAUCUUUCUCCACAAAUCAGACCUGGGCUCUGAUGCUGGGAGCGUCGGCAAGCUUGAGUGGAGCAGCAAACACAGCAAAGAGGGCAGAAACUUCUCAGAAGAUGUGCUGGGAUGGAGAGAGUCCUUUGACUUGCUGCUGAGCAGUAGAAAUGGGGUGGCUGCCUUCCAUGCCUUCCUGAAGACGGAGUUCAGCGAGGAGAACCUGGAGUUCUGGCUGGCCUGUGAGGAGUUCAAGAAGAUCCGGUCGGCUACCAAGCUGGCCUCCCGGGCUCACCGGAUCUUUGAGGAGUUCAUCUGCAGCGAAGCCCCGAAAGAGGUGAACAUAGACCACGAGACCAGGGAACUGACCAGGACGAACCUGCAGGCUGCCACGGCCACGUGCUUCGAUGUGGCUCAGGGGAAGACACGCACCCUGAUGGAGAAAGACUCCUAUCCACGCUUCCUGAAGUCAACCGCUUACCUGGACCUGGCUGCCCAAGCCUCGGCCACCAACACCUCUCCGUCCGGCUGCAGCCCUGCAGAGCCCUUACACACCUGAGCCUCGUGGCGGUGAGGAGCCAGCCAGGGAGAGAGGUUCAGCCACCCAGCCCUGAGGCAGCUGCCCCUGUGUGGGAGGCAGGUUCUGCAAAGCAAGCAAGAGGACAGCGAAGGAAAAAGCUGUUUUGUUUUGGAAGCAACAGCCUCUCCUCCAGCUACUGUGGGACUGAAUUUUAUGCGCGAGAGGGUACCCCCCAGCCAACUCCCAGGACUUGUGUAUAAGGGCCGGAGAUCGCGGUUGCGUGGUGCUCUCUGGGGAAAAGAACGGUGGAGCAAGAGUUGUCAUUGGCUCCUGUCCUUCCCCACAGGGCAAGAAAUGGCCCAGGUGGUUUGGGAAACGUGUGAAUGGAGGGAAACUGGGAAAACGAGAGGGAAGACAACCAGGUCAGCUGUUCUUCCUGUUGAACAGCUGACUGAUCACAUCCUGUUUUCCCGACUCCCAGACUGUCCUGGGCACAGGAGGGAGCCCCAGAUGUGGAUUCUUCCCAUUCUCUCUCUCCACCUCCCCUGCCCCUGGGCUGCCCAAGGGCACCUUAGCCUGUACUUCUUAACACUCCUGUGUCCAGCCUCACAGUCUUUUCAGGCCCAGGGAGCUGAUGCGAUGCUUGCCCCAAGUGAGAUUUUCAUACCUCAAAAACUGGCCUCUGAGUCCCUUUCCAAGUCAGUAGAGAGCCCCGAGGAGAAGCCAUUUUGCUCACGUGAAAUUAAUCCUGGUGCUCUCGGUGACCUUGUCGGUGGCCCCUGACCCUGUGUUUGCGGCAGCGUCCACCUGUGAGCAGGGCAGGGUGAGGGCCCCUUGCCGGGAUGUGCCCCCUCUUGGCUCGGUUCCACCCCUGAAUGUGGAGCCCCCGAGGAACAAGGGGUGGGACCUCUCGGUGAGGGGCUGGUCAGCUCUCAUGCCCGGUGGCGUGCAGGGAGGGAGCAAAGGAUCCUAAGAAACAUAUCUCUUGACAGUUUCUGAAAGUCCUGUUUAAAUCAAGCCAUUUUUUUGUGUGUGAGUAUGAGAACGGGGAAAAGAGGCACCCUAGGAUGGAAGGGGGGCCUUGUGCUUCCUUCCAGUGGACAUGAGGUGCGCUUACCGGAACACUGGGGGACACGGGGCAGGGGCCAUGGCGACCCUUGGACAGACCACAGAAGCUGGGAGCAGAGCUGCGGAGAGGGGCUUCUUGGACGAUCAGGACUCGGAGAAGUCAGAACCUGCCUGUCACCUCAGGGCAUCACUGGACACACAUUCCGAGGUGGCCCCUGCGCGGAGCCCGGGCUGGGGAGGUGCAUGAGCCAGGCAGCCCCUCGCGCCCCAGGAAAACCGACCCUGUUCUCGCUGCACUGGGAGCUCCUCCAGGAGAAAAUUAUUUAAGUUAUAACGUUAUAUUGUUGGUUUUGUGACCAUUGUCAGAGCAUAUUAUUUUUUGUUACUGUUGGUGUUGUUGCUAUUGUUAUUUAUUAUUGUAAUUUCCGUUUGCCUCAACCUGAGACUCUCAGCAGGAGCCGGCAGCCCCGUCUCCCUCUCUCCACCAGGCUCUACCUCUGAACGUGCUGGGGACCUCUCAGCGCCCGUCGGGAACUCCUCACUGUUUAAAUAUUUAUUUAUUGCGGACAACUGGAGCUGGUUUCCGAGAAGCGAAUGAUGUGUGCAUCCCCCGUUUUUCCUGUUUCAGCAUGUUACAUUCUUGUCAAAUAAAAAUAGAACCUAAA